CAUACAAGUCUUACUUCAUACACCUGCGAGCUCGAAGCAUCCGGAGAAAGGAGUGGAAGGCCAGAGUUCCGAGAGUCAAUCCACCUUCUUCCCCGCGAUGGCCACUCUUUCCCCCGCCGAACGAUCCUACAUUAUCUCUGGUCUGUCCUCAUCCACUCCUACCCGACUAGAUGGCCGAUCGCUUCAUUCCCCGAGAGCCAUCACCAUUUCUUAUGGGGACGCUCCGCAAGCUAAUGGAAGUGCUAGAGUCUGUGUAGAAGGAGGUACCGAGAUCAUUGCGGGGAUACGGCUGGAAGUUGGGGAUGUGGUCCCCAGGACAUCCGAUAUCAACGGUACGGGUAAUGGGAAAGGGAAAGGAAGAGCGACAGGAGGUGAAGGUUGGCAGACUCAAGUAGAAGUGGAUGUAACACCACAAGCCUAUCCUCAGCUCUCACAACAAGCUCUGAGUCUUCUCUCGGCUCAAUAUGAAUCCCUACUGAGUGAUCAUUUCGUGCCAUCUAUUCCACCACUUCCGAUCCUUCCUCCGACCAAAUACUUUAUUCCCCAUCUUCAACUCACCAUUAUCUCCGCUUCAUCCGGAUCUAUCCCUUCCACCCUGUUUAUCGCAGCUCGAGCAGCAUUCUCUGAUCUCAAAAUCCCAAAGACCAAACGGAUAGGCUGGGAAGGAGCUACGAAAGGCCACAAUGGGGAUCGUGAGACAGACGACGGCGGUAUGGAUAUGGAAGAAUCCGAUCUAAGCGGGAUCAAAGCUGCCGUGAGAGGUGGACGUAAAGGUCCAGGGGGCAAAAGUGGAAGAGCAAGAGUAGGAGGAGAUGAAUGGGAUUUAGAUCCCAGUGGAGAUGGUUUAGAGGUAUUGCAAGAGAGAGAAAAGUUGCCAGUGUUGAUCAUUUUGAAUUUGAUACCUUCUUCGAAUGCUUUCUUUCUCGACGCAACGUUGGCAGAAGAAGCCGCUUGCUCUGAUCGACUGCAUCUAUGUUUCGCAAAUUUCAAUGCAGAGACCAUCUGUGGGAUGAGGAUGGAAGGAGAAUCAGGAAUACCCACAGGAAGGAUAAAGCCCUUGAUCGUGGAGGGCCAAAGGAUCGCAAAGCAAUUAAUGCAGAGUCUCAAUGAGCAGAUCCCAACAGGCGCUUCAGGUAUAACGGCUGCAGCGCACCGUUAAGCAGAUGGUAUUCAUCCUCCGUGGUCUGGUUCAUCCAAAAGGGUGGAUUUGUACAGUCUCUGCAUAUCGCCAGACAAUGAAAAAUAUGCAU